UUUCACUGUAAAACUGGAAGUAAGCCUAGGUCCAAGUCAGCGUACACAUUAGACAAAAAAAUGUCGAAUAACGACACCUGUGCUGUGUGUGAAUUAUAUAGUGUUAUAUAUAUAUGUGAAUAUUGCGGUCUCAAAUUGUGUGGUGCAUGUCUACCGGACCACCAAAAGAAAUCGUGUACCGAUAUUGGGUUCACUUCUGCUAACUGUAAUUGUGCUUCACAUGAUAUUAUUGUAAGUGGUUACUGUAGUGAAUGUUCUGAGCUUACUUGUGUAGAAUGUAAAGAUCAUUCAAAACACGUCAUCCUUCCUGUAAAAGUGGUCCAUAACAACAUCAAAAGAGAUUUACAUCAUGUAAAAGAGGAUUUCGAUCUUCUUUGUGGCAAACUAAACAGUUACGAUAAAUUGUGUACGAGUAAAAUAAAAGAACUUAGUUUAAUCAAACAACAGAUAGAAUACGAAGGAAAUAAAUGGAUGUAUCAUAUCUUAAGAAAAAAGCAGUUCUUGGUUUCUAUUGUUGAUGGUAAGAUUGACCAGCUACAAGAAAACUGUCAAGAGUUGGAACUGCUUCAAACAACAGCGAAGGCGUGUUUCAGCAAUCUUGAAAAUAGCAAUGUAUGGACAUUUUUGAAGUCAUGGUUGAAAAUAAAAGACACAAAGGAAGAGUUUGAAAGUAUGGAACCUGGUCCAUACUUGUUACAAAAGCUGAAAUUUCGUCCUGGAGUCGAAGAUUCGUUUGAUGUUAGCAGUUUAUUUGGCAACCUUAUUGUUGACAUCAAUCAAGAUAAUGAAAAGGGUGAGGUUAAAGAAGACAAAGAGUCAUAUGAGGAAGAGGUUGAGAAAUUUUCAUCACGUUUACAGGACUCCAAAGGAGAAACAGGUCCUCAGAAAGCAACCGCACAUACGAAAAAAGAAAUAGAACUACAGGAUGGACUGAAGGAACGAAGACGUCGUUACGCAAAAUGGACAGACUACAUGAAUGCAAGAGGAAAGGACCAACAAACGGUGUUUCUGUCACAGUUAAGAUUACAGGAAGAAAAAGACAAUAUUUAUAAAUGCGAACAAUUAAAAGACGAAAACAGUGCGAUAGCUAAGGAACUGGAUUCACUAAAAAAGGAGUCACAACAGAAAGUGACGAACAUGUUACGAAACCAUAAAGAUGAGGUGGACUCGUUCCAAAAACAAAAUCAGGAUUUACAACACAGGCUAUCAAGAAAACAAGACGAACUAAAGAGUCUGAAGGCAGUAGUUAAUUCAGUCAUUGAAUUGAAAAAAGGAAACGCAAAAUCUUCAGUUUAUGUAUAAUAGUACUAAAGACGGAAUUUAUGUUAAAUUUUUAAUUGCUAUGUCUAUUGUCUGUAGUAUUGUCCUAGAUGACAUGAAAAAUAAUAGCUCUACCCUUUAUAUAAUAUAUAAAAAGAACAGGAGACUAGAUGAUUGAAAUUAUAGGCCUGUUAGCAUUUUGUUAUCGUAUUUCAAAUUCUCAAGAAAUAGGUUAAUUAUCAUUUUAAAAAUUAUUUAGUUACAAAAGUUGUGCUAAAUAGCUUCAAGUCUAACAUUAGGUCCUUGUAUUCUACGGAGUCAUGUUAAAUUCAUUUACUUGAUUAUAUUUAAACAAAGUCAUCUGUGGACUCUUCACUAGUAUGAUAAUGCUAACUUUACAAAAAGCUUUUGAUACAAUUGAUCAAUCGUUCUUUUAUUUUAUAAACCGAUCAACAAUUGAUGUACAAUACAUAGAAUGUUUCAACUCAUAUUUGAUAGAGAGAAAGCAGUAAGAUAAUGUCAUUGGCCUAGAAUUUAAUUUCAACAGUAACUUGAGAGUGCUAGUUCUUGAAGGUUGUAUUUUGGUUCCACAUAUUUUUUUUAUUAUGCAAAUGAUAUGUCUAUUAGUAUUCGUGUUGUGGUAGUAUAAAUUUGUAUUCCCUGGUGAGGAUAACACAAUUUUAUUAUCGCAAAGGAAUUCAGAGGUAAUAUCUGGAGGAAAAAAUGAAAGUAAUAAACUCAGUCUUUUAGUUUAUGCUUAAUCGAAAACAAUUUAUCCUAAUGUUAACAAAUUAUCCCUCCACGCGGUCAGUACUGGCUAUAUUAUGCUUGGUUCAAAACGAAAACUUGCACAAACCUACAAUUUUUAAAGUCAGUUGGAAAAACAUAUUUUUCCAGCUCAAAAUGAAUAAUAACUUUGGCCUAAUCAUAGAAAAAUAUGUGUCUUCGAAAAUUAAUGUUCGUUAUAUUUUACAAAAAGUGAAUGCAAGACUAAAGAAACCGUAAAGUCGUGAUCGAUGUCUUUCAGAUAACUCUAGAAAAAACUAUAUAUGCUGAAGUAGUGCAAAGUCAUUUUGAUAAGCUGUUGUGUAAAUAGUUUAAAAAUAAGCUACAAGUAUUUCAAAAUAAAACUUGUACAUUUAUUUAAUGUAUAGAAAACGGAGCUGCUGUAAACUAUUAUCCCUUUUGUAAUGUAGGAAAAGGGUCAAACAUGUACAUCUAUAUAAAAUAUUUUUUAACGAAAGCCUUUUUACGCAAAGCAAUAUAACUAAGAUCCAAGAUUGUCAUAAUUAUUCAACAAAAUCUAGUGAUUACACUUUUGUCGUUUACAACAUCUAUGAGGACAACAGCCUUUUUCAUGUUAUUAUAUUACUAUAAAUGAUUUGAACGUGUUGCCAACUUAUUUAAAGAGCAACAAAGUUGUUUAAUCUUUUAAAUCUAAUGUUAACGAUUUUCUGUUAAAAAAGGAAAGCAACAAUUUUAAUAGACAUUUUUUAUUUAUUUGUUGCUUGCUUAUUCUAGUCUAAGUUAAUGCAAAUUAUUUCUUAUAAUUAUAUUUUGAUAUUUUGAAGAAUGUAAAAUAAAUGCACCCAUUGGAAAUAAGCCGUAUGGCUUUCAUGAACAAUCCAAAUUUAUCAAUAAUAGUCUGUAGAUGUUAUGAUUCGAGAAUGUAUGUUCUUGCUCUAUAUGUUUGUUUUGUUAUGUUAUAAGAUGACAUUUGAUUGAACUAACUAUCUUUCUAUCUUCAAGCAAGGUGAACAUAAGCAAUUGUAAAAAAUAUGACACGGUUAUAUCAUUCAAGUGAACUCAUAUAAAACGUUACAAAUAAAAGAUUCACAGGGACUCGGUUAGCUGAUUUGUCAGUAUAUUGGUAUGGAAAGUAAACUACACAUUGCUAGAAACAAAGAAAUACUUAUGUUAACGAUAAAACGGAUUUCAAAUGAACAUUUGCAGUAGUUUUCGAUGAUUUUAUUUACGUCUGUCGCAUUUGUUUUUGUAAACUAUUUAGUUAUAAGCAAGACCGUUAAAAUUCUCAAUUGAAUCGUUUUAUAUUUUGCCUUUAUAUGCCUGUAAAUGCGUAAGUAAACUUGAUUUGAACCUUGGUGUAUUGUU